AUUACAGGUGUUGCAAAAAUCUCUGACUUUUCUUCAAUUCUUGAUGUUUGCUUCAGGUUUUGGUUUUUGGAUUGUGUGAUGCACAAGAAUGGGGUCUGACUUGGAUUUGAAGAACAAGUCAGGGAGUAUACACUCCCCUGCAUUUUCUCGACAGAAGGUUCCGGAGCCUAGAAAGGACUACAUUGGUGAUGCUUGCGGCAUGGAAACAUCACGAAUUGAACAAACUCAUUUCUCCGAUGAGAAUGAGAAUGUAGAGGUUAAUAUCACCGGAUCCACAAAUUCUGGACAAGCUUUGGUGGUGGAAGAUUCUCGUGAGGAUGCCACUGAGAGUUCUAGUUCUUUUGGUCAUACAGAAUCUGACACAGAGAAUGUCCCAUCCUUCAGUGACCCUGAAGUCGAAUCGUGUCUUUGUGCUGACAAUGCAUCCUCAUCCAUGUCCAAUGAUUAUUUUGAAUCACCUCCAAGAAGAAAGAAAGGGGUUACAAGUCAUUGGAGAAAGUUCAUACACCCUCUAAUGUGGCGUUGUAAGUGGAUCGAACUGCGUCUGAAGCAACUUCAGUCUCAAGAGCUUAAGUAUGAAAAAGAGCUUGCAGCUUAUAAUUAUAGAAAGCAGCUUGAUUUUGCACACCUAACAUUAGAUGGCUCUGAUAUCAAGUCGGUACCUAUAUCUGGUCGGAUGCAUAGGAAUAAAAUUAUGAAGAGGAAAAAAAGGAAUAGAGUUGAAGAGAAGUAUGAUUUAGCAUCAUACAUGUCUAACCAUAGUUUAUUCUCUUACUACGAACAAAAAGAUCGCACUGUUGAUACUUGUUUGAAAGAUGUUCAUGGUGCUGCUAAUGGUGGUAACAUUGAUGAUAUUGAGUUCAAGUUGGAUGAUCUGUGGUCUUAUGUUGACUAUGAAAAUAGUGAUAAGUCAUUGGAUGACAUCAUUCAAAAGAUUGAAGCAGUACAAUCACAAGUUCACAAAUUGAAAACUCGAAUUGAUAAGGUAAUUAAAGAAAAUUCAGGAAAAUUUGAUUCCGGAAAUCAAUUGGACAAGCCUGGGACACCUCAGCUUGAACCCGGAAAUGCAUCAUUAACUGAUGAAGGGUUUAAUCUCCUUGUUGAGAUGACUGAUAAGCCUCGGCUUGAGGACUUGCGAGAAGAGAUCAAAGAUGGGACCCUUAUACAAAAUCAAGAAGCUAAGAAAGAGUUGCAAGUUUCUGAAUCUGACUUUUCUGUUGAGGAUGUUGUGCCUAAUAUUCAUUCUACUUUAAAAGUAUGCUCCACAUCAAAGUCAAAUGUUCCUAAGAACAAAAGGAAAAGAAGGAACAAAUCUGCCUCUUGGAACCGGAUGUCAUUUGGUUAA